AUGUUUCUGCUCACUGACGCGUUCCCGAUGGCGCCGGCGCUGUACAGGGGCUGCUGCCAAGAGGUGUGGGCGGUGUGCUUCCUCACCGUGCCGCCGCCGCGACGCGUGGGGUGGACUACGGCGGAGACUGUGGCCGCCAAAAUACUUCCGUGUGACCCUCACAACCGCGGCGCCGCUGACUCGUGCGGCUGGCGAUCCUGCUCCCGUCGGUGCAAAGUAGUUUUCUGGUGCCGGGGGCGGUGCCUGUGCGCCGUCCCUUUUUCUCUCCAUUCGGCAUUUAUGCCCGCUGCCGCCUACCUCCACCUUCGCCGCUUCCCUGCGUCGUGCGAGGCGGCCGUGCGGGCGACUCCCUUUCCUGGUCUCAGUCUCAGCCGAAGUCUGCCUGCUUGA